AUGCGAGGCUCCACCGCCCCAGGCCUGCACAUGGACCUCCUAACCCCCGAGCUCCCCCCCAUCGCCGCCCUCUUCGUGAUCCAGUUCGACCUCAAAGCCGGCUACACAAUCACCUGGAAGCGCACCACACCCAACAUCACCCUCGACGGCGUCGAAUUCAAGUCCCUCCCCUCGGGCCUACACAACCUCGACCACGACCUCAUCUACUUCGUGCACCCCCCGCACGCCGGCAUCAGCGCCUUCAUCCGCGUCCCCGCCCCCUCAUCGGACCGCAACGCGCUGCAACUCUCCAUCGGCGCCCUCGUCCCACUGAGCUACGGCCGCCUCGGGCGGUCCUGGCGGCACGCCGCGAACCUGCAAUCCCUGGCGAGGAGCUUCGCCGCAGACCCAAAGGCGCACGGCGUGCUCGACGAGUACUUCCACACGCACAGCAUCCCCAGCGUUGACAGUGGUGGUGAGAAUCUGCGGUACCGGGGUGGUGGAGACAGGCGCAAGGGGAGCGAGAGCGGGCUGGCGAAGGAGCUGGAGCCGUUUCAUCCGGCGCGGAGCUUGCGGGGGUUUAUUAGUCUACUCGGGCCGCUGGUGUGGCCGGUGUGGCGGGCGGCGGUGGAGGGGAAGCGCAUCCUGGUUGUGACGGGGGCGCCGGUGGAGAAGGCUUGUAAUUUCGUCUACGACAUCUCCAUCCUCUCCACCAUUCCCCUCUCCUCCCACCCGCUCCUCCCGCGCCCCCCGCCGCGCCUGCGCCCCCUCUUCUCCAUUGGCGUCUCCGACAUCCCCCUCCUCGAGACGGAGGCCAAAACCCACGGCUCCUGGGUCGCCUGCACCACCGACGAGAUCCUGCACAUGAAGACGGCGCUCUACGAUCUCAUCAUCACCCUGCCGCCCUCCCACAACGCCGCCGCGUGGCCCAAGCUCGAGACCUCGGCGGGUGCGCCCGUCCUCGCCACGCAGCGCGACCUGGUGCGGUACCGCGGGCUCAAGCGGUGGCUUGGUGGCGGCAGCGAGGACGACGAGGACAGCGGGCGGCGCGAGGAGAGCGUGUGUGAGCCGCUGAGCUGGCGCGAGAUUGCGUACACGGGGUUCCUGUGGUGGGCGUCUGCGGGCGAGAAGCGUGGCGAAAGUGAUGGGGACGAGGGGCGGCGGCCACUGCUCGGCGAGGAGGAGUCAGAGUCAGAGUCGGAUGGGGAUGGUGACGGGGAUAGGGAUGGGGGGGAGGAGGAGGGCGCGCCGCAGAAGAAGGAGGCGGGGGGGUGCUUGGAGGCGGAGGUGGUGGGGUAUUUCCAGGGUGUGACGGACGCGCUACUAGCGGGGAUUGCGGAGGUAGUUGAGGACGCGGAGGAGGGAGAGGUUGUGGUGUUUGGGUGCGAGGAGGUGGAGCGGCUGGGGCUGGAUAAGGGCGAGACGGACGCCGCGUUUGUCAAGGCGGUUUGCGAGCGGUAUUUUGGCCGGGAGGCGCGGGUCGAGGUGGAGGGGUGGUCGUGUCUGGGUGGGCUUUGCUAG